AGUCACCAUGAGGGCGCUGCUCCUGUUCUGCUGCUUUGUGGCCUCUCUCCUGCUCUCAGGACAAGCAGAAGAGACAGAAGAUGUGAGUGAGGAAGCCCCGAUGAGGGAUCGAUCGCACAUCGAGAAGACCCUGAUGCUGAAUGAGGACAAGCCGACUGAUGACUACUCAGCGGUACUGCAGCGGCUCCGAAAAAUCUACCAUUCGUCUAUCAAGCCCCUGGAGCAGUCUUACAAAUACCACGAGCUGCGCCAGCAUGAGAUCACAGAUGGGGAAAUUACUUCCAAGCCUAUGGUGCUAUUCCUGGGACCGUGGAGUGUUGGUAAAUCCACCAUGAUAAACUACCUCCUUGGGUUGGAAGAUACACGCUACCAGCUCUAUACAGGUGCCGAGCCCACCACCUCAGAGUUCACGGUCCUCAUGCACGGGCCCAAGUUGAAGACCAUAGAGGGCAUUGUCAUGGCUGCAGAUAGUGCCCGCUCCUUCUCACCCCUUGAGAAGUUUGGCCAGAAUUUCCUGGAGAAGCUCAUCGGCAUCGAGGUUCCCCACAAACUUCUGGAGCGGGUCACUUUUGUGGACACACCAGGCAUCAUUGAGAACCGCAAGCAGCAAGAAAGAGGUUAUCCCUUCAACGAUGUGUGCCAGUGGUUCAUCGACAGAGCCGACCUUAUCUUUGUUGUCUUUGACCCCACCAAGCUGGAUGUGGGCCUGGAGCUGGAGACCCUCUUCCGCCAGCUGAAGGGGCGUGAAUCCCAGAUAAGGAUCAUCCUGAACAAGGCCGACAACCUGGCCACGCAAAUGCUUAUGCGGGUUUAUGGAGCCCUCUUCUGGAGCUUGGCCCCUCUCAUCAACGUCACGGAGCCCCCGAGGGUUUACGUCAGCUCCUUCUGGCCACAGGACUAUAAGCCCAAUACUCAUCGUGAACUGUUUCUCAAAGAAGAGAUCUCCCUCCUGGAAGACCUGAACCAGGUGAUCGAGAACAGGUUGGAGAACAAGAUUGCCUUCAUCCGCCAGCACGCCAUCCGGGUGCGUAUUCACGCCCUCCUGGUCGACCGCUACCUGCAGACUUACAAGGACAAAAUGACCUUCUUCAGCGAUGGAGAACUAGUCUUUAAGGACAUUGUGGAAGAUCCUGAUAAAUUCUACAUCUUCAAGACUAUCCUGGCAAAGACCAACGUCAGCAAAUUUGACCUUCCCAACCGCGAGGCCUAUAAGGACUUCUUUGGUAUCAAUCCCAUUUCCAGCUUCAAACUCCUCUCCCAGCAGUGCUCCUACAUGGGAGGUUGCUUUCUGGAGAAGAUUGAGCGGGCCAUUACUCAGGAGCUGCCCAGCCUCCUGGGGAGCCUGGGGCUUGGGAAGAAUCCAGGUGCUCUCAACUGUGACAAAACAGGGUGUGGCGAAACCCCCAAGAACCGCUACAAGAAGCACUAG